AUGACAGGUGUAACAGAAGAAAAGAAACCACACAUUUUUGAGGAAUCAACACAGUAUCAACAUUGGCGUUUUAGUCCAGAACAGCUAUGGGAUAUCAGAAACAAAAGUACAGAAGCAGCUAUUGAUCGAGUAAAGCGUAAUAAUGAACAUGCAGAGAAUAAAAUAGAUGACAAACGCGAAUAUCUUUCAGCUAAAGAAGAACUUGCUCUAUGCAGUUUUUAUGAAAUGCAGUUACAGAUUAUGAGCAAGCACUGUAAAUUCUCAGAUAUGGUCAUGGCAACCGCAGUUGUCUACAUGAAGCGAUUCUUUCUGUAUAAUACAGUCAUGGACUAUCAUCCAAAGGAUAUAUUCUUGACAUGCUUGUUUCUGGCUACAAAAUCAGAAAGCGAACGUAUCUCCAUUGAUGAUUUUGGAAAGAACUUGCGAUUACCUAGUACUGCAAAUGUUCUUAAACUUGAAUUCACUGUCUCACAAGGCCUUAAAUUCCAAUACUAUGUGCAUCAUCCCUACCGACCUGCUUAUGGCUUCUUUUUAGACAUGCAGACUGGACCAACAGACAUCAAAUUACUCAAAGAAACUUACCGAAAAGUGGAUAGAGCUAUUGCUGAUAUUCUCUUGACAGAUUUACCUUUGAUUUACCAACCAUCUCAACUUGCAUUAGCAGCAUUUAUAAUUGCAGGCAAAGACAAUGGGUUUGAUAGUCAAGUUAGUCGCUAUAUCAAAAGUCGAUUCAAUGAACAAGAUGCUGCAGCCUUAUUAUCCAUCAUAGACAGUAUAUUAGACUUUUUUAAGGCAGUACCACCCAAAGUGACUCAAGAAGAGGCGAGAAAUAUUGAUUAUAAAUUGAGAUUAUGCAUGAAUCCAGCCAUGAAUCCCGAAUCUACUAUGUAA